AUUUCCCUUCCUUGUUAUUGUACAUUUCCGGUUUACACCUGUAAAUUCUAUUUCUGAAUCAUCGUAUAUUUAUUUAAAUUUGUAACAACAUUUGAUCAUGUCAUUUACUAAAAACACAUUUAAUGGAGUAUGAUGGCCUCCCAAAACAGAAAAAUAACAGAAAUACAAGUAGAGGAUAUUCAGAAGAGACGACAUCCAAGUAAACACUAUGUUUAUGUCAUCAAAGUUAUCUGGUCAGAUGGCUCAAGACAUGUUAUUUACAGACGUUACAGUAGAUUUUUCGACUUUCAGCUUUCUCUGUUGGAGAAGUUUCCUAUAGAAGCUGGAUCUAUUGAUCCACAGAGAAGAAUUAUACCGUUUCUUCCAGGGAAAAUAUUUUUUGGUAGAAGUCAUAUAAGAGAAGUAGCCCUGAAAAGACAAGUACAGAUUAGUGAAUACUGUUCUGCAUUAAUAAGUCUUCCUCCACUCAUAUCAGAGGAUGAAGAGUUGAUAGAUUUCUUUGACCUUGAACCUGAUGACCUCAACCCAAAUGAACUUGAGCAAAAACAGAAGCAGAAAGCAGAGACUAUUUCUGGUCCAACUUUGGCCGAACAAUAUAUCGUGAUAGCAGACUACAAGAAAGCAGAUAAAUGGGACUUAAAUCUAAAGGCUGGAAUGGUGUUAGAAGUUAUAGAGAAAAGUGACAGUGGUUGGUGGUUUGUUAAUGUUGAUGACAAACAAGGAUGGGUACCAAGUUCUUAUGUGGAAAGGAAAGAUGGACUCAAGGAAAAUACAGCAAUUAGGACUAAUUUAGGAGAAGAUGAACGUUACAUAAGUACAGAAAACUACACCCCCCAGAACUGUGAUGAGAUAGCUCUAGAGAAAGGAGCUGUUGUAGAGGUUUUGGAGAAAAACUUGGAUGGAUGGUGGUUUGUCAGAUCCAAUGGUAAUGAAGGUAUAGCUCCAAGUACUUACCUAAUGAAAACUGAGAAAGCUCAUAUAGAACGUGUAGCCCGUGCUUCUGGAGUACAAAUCAUUGGUCGUAUGAGUGAUGUCAGUGAUCUGCUUCAACACUCUGCCCAUUCAGAAUCUGUGACUGACAAAAGAGGCAGUGUCCAACAUAUCCUAAAGAAACAGAGAUCUUUAGAAAGAGGGGGAUCAUUACGACCUCCACCUAGACUAAACUCUGUAAAUAAGGCAUCAGACGAGGUGAUGAGAGCACUGAAAAGGACAGAUGAUCACUAUGUUACAAUCACAGAGUUUAAAGACAAUGUGGGAGAUGGAAUAUCAUUUUGCACAGGAGAAAUUGUCCAGGUCUUGGAGAAGUCAGACAGUGGCUGGUGGUUUGUUAAAAUAGAUGGUAAAGAAGGAUGGGCUCCUGCUUCUUACAUAGGAAAGACACAUAUGAAUGGAAUUGAGGAGGAAGAAAAUGUGUAUCAUGACAUAGGAGAAGUAGCAGACGAUGCUGAUAAUAGUUUUAAUGAUGAUGAUACUGAUAGUGAUGAUUAUGAAAUCCCUGACCCUGUGAAAGAUGACAUUAAACAUGAGGAAUCUGUAAAUAAUAAACUUAAUGAUAUAAACACAGCAUUACAGAUGAGGAUUAAACCAUCGGAUCUUAGUAAUACAAAACAUGGAACAUCAGAUAAAGGGGCUGUAAAAAGACCAAAUUCUAAACCCCCGCCUCCACCAAUGGCCAUGAAACCUGUUGAAAUUGAUGUGGAUGAUCAAAUAUCGUCUCAAAAAACUUUAAAAUCUCCGAUUUCAAAUGAACCACCUUUACCACCUCCUAAAAAGGGUAAAGACAAACCGAGUUUGCCACCGAAAAAAGAUAAUACAGGAAGUGCUAAUUUUCAAUCUGUAUUGAAAGCGAAAAAUACAUCUGACAAACCACCACAACCACCUCCAAAGAACAGUAAACCGGCUUCUCUGGGCUCAGGUUUUAAAAAUAAUUCUUCAGAUGUUUCUGAUCAGAAUAAAAGUCCUCUUGCUGAACUGAAGAGUAAACUUACAAAACCGAGAGAUGAAAGAAAGGCAGAUAACUUAUUAUCUCCAGGACAGCAACGUUACAAAUAUACGGAUGUUGUUCCCAAGGAUCAAAGACAAUCUGCUUCUCAACAAGAAUCUCUUGUUGGAGUAUUAAAAUCUAAAUUUGGAAAAAGGCAUGACUCUUCUGAUGACAGUAUAUCGCCUGUAACAAGUCCUAAAUCUGACACUGGAACAAAGGCCUUUGUUUUACCCCAAAAGACAUUUCAUAAACCAGCAACACCCCCUAAAAAUGUGUCUCCAAUGUCACCAAAAAGACUGAAUCAUACUCCAGGAAAAGAUUUAACAAGACAACAUGAGGAAGAAACUAGUGUCAAUAAAUCUAUGGGUGAAUUGAAAGCGAGAUUUGAAAAACAACAACCAGAGGUAUCCAAGAAACGACCAUUAAAACCAAAAACUGUGACAAAUACGCAUAAAAGUAACUCUAGUAUUAGUUCUGAAAGUUCAUCUUCGACAGUUGAUGACAAACCAAGUGUUAAAACUAGUGCGUUAAAAGCAAUGUUUGAACAUUCUAAUUCAGAGCCAGUUUCUAAGCAGAAACUUGUUGCUAAGACAAGUUCUGGUAGCAGUAAAGCAUCAGGAAUUGCUGCCAGAAGUUCAAAGUUUGAAAGUGAUAAACCAUUAUUAAAGCCACCUGUGCAAAGAUCAAACAAUUUUUCUUCAAACCAACUUCCAUUGUGGUCAAAAUCAAAAGUGGAUCAAUCUAAACCUAUGCCAGUUAUCCCUCAUAAACCAUUAAAACCCAAAACAUCAAUCCCUCCACCUUUACCAGCAAAAUCAUCAAGUAGUAAUACAGAAAAAGUAAGACCUAAAUUAGCCAUACCCCAAAAACCAUCUAAUGUGGAUAAAAAUCAUAAUGAAAUGGGAGAUAAACAAAGGGGAAUAACUGAAGUGUCAAAGAUAAUAGCAAAUGGAAAACAGUCUACUACAAGCCAGGAAGAAAGUGAGCCACCAACGCCACCACAAAAAGAUUAUGAAGUUCUAUCUAAGUGUACAUCUUCUCAAUAUAAAACAUUAUUUGAUUACAUUGGGGAAAGUGAAGGAGAAUUUGGAUUCAAGUCGGGAGAGAAUGUUGAAGUAUUGCAACAAACAGACGAAUGGUGGUUUAUAAAGGUACAUGAAGAAGAGGGUUGGGCUCCAGCAUCAUAUAUAGAAAACUGUGAAACAACAAAAUUUGAUGAGGUCUUUCAUCAACAGUAUCGAGCAGUUGUAGAAUUUUUUGCUGAUGCUGAUGGUGAAAUAGAUUUGAAUUAUGGUGACAUUUUGGACGUUUUAGAAGAAACGGACACUGGGUGGUGGUUAGUUAGGAAUGGUAGAAUGGAAGGUUGGGCGCCUUCUGAAUAUAUGGAAAAGGUGUAAAACUGUUGAUUACUAAUGUCUAUAAAUAUUGCUCAAUAUCUAAAUACACAAUAUUUUGAAUUCAGUUAAUUUUUCGUGAAUUUCUCAAUAAAAAGCAAUUAACUGUUUCACAAGUUUCUUAACAAGAAGUAUCAAUAUUUUAUUCAAAAUGAGAAAUAUUGCAAUAACAUUGAGUGUCUAAAUUAUUCAAAUAAAAAAAAAAUUGCCUUCCUACCCAAAUAUAAAGUUCUACAAAGUACAAUUCUGUGAUAGAUUUGAACACAUGUAUAUAUAUUUUAAUUUGUAUUUUAUCAUGACAUUUUAAUUCUAUUGUUGUCAAUUAGUUAGAGUCUUCUAAGACUGAAGAGUACUGUUUUCUAUGAUUGGACAACACAACGGAUACAGAGAUCUGUUUUAUAGGUAGACCUCAGUCUGUUUACAGAUACCAGUUUAUCAUAAACUUGUUUUAAGAUUACCUAUCUGCAUAAGAUGAAUUAUAUAUUUGUUUAGUUUGAAUCUGUUUUUAGUAACAACCUUUAGUAUAGAAAAUGUGGCUGCUGCUAUUUUUAGACAUUUGGUGAAUAUUUUGUUUUUAUAAGAACACAAUUAGAAACAGAUGUUAAAUUAAGUAUUGUUAAGUUUGAAGUUAUUGAAAGGUUGACCAGUUGUUAAAAUAUUGAGUUGAAACAUAAUUGUAAAUCAAUUUCUUAGUUAAACAUGUUAUUGUCUUAUAGAUCAUUCUGGCCUGCCAUGAAGUGGGGCAUAUACUGGUUUUCGGCUGUCUAUCUGUAUUGCUGUAACCCCUGGCUUCAAUGUUGAGUUUAUCUGAAGUACCAUGAAUUUCUUUUUUUCCCCUCAAAAAGUGUCAGAAGAGCUUCCUGAAAUUGUGAAGAAAGCUUCAUGAAAGCAUGGUAAACAGGGUGAUUCAUUUUCGUAUUCACCACUCAUCAACUUCCUGUUAAUUGAAUACUUUUAUUACAUAAAUAUUUGUACACACAGUAGUCUUGAUAUUAUUGCUUCAAACUGCUAAUAAUUGCUACCCUCUUUUUAUAUAACAAAAAGAGACAUUUAUGAUGUCUCCAACUAAACAUUAUUAUGAUGUAAUUUUACUAAAAGCGAAAUGUUUUAGAUUUUAAUUUGAAACUUUUUAUACGAAAAGACUAUUACACAAUUUAAAAAAAAUGAAACUAAGUUGAUGCACAGAUAAAUGAUUCAUAAAAAUGUGCAUUUGGAAAAUUUAGUUUCUUGUCAAUUAAGUUAGCAAUAUAUGACUAUCAUCUAGGAAAUUUGAUCAUUAAAUAUUAAAGAGCAACAAACUGAAAAUAAUGGUAAAAAUACUAAAUAUGUUUGCGCUCUGGUUAUAUACUACUUUCCAGUUAUGAUAUCAUUAGAAUAGAUUGCUGUACAAGGUUCAUUUCUGAAGUUGUUGUUAAACCUUACAUUUUGUUAUCUGCAAUUAUAUGAAAACUUGUUACUUCAAGCCAGGAAUAUGACAGUUAUUAUCCAUUCGUUUGAAGUAUUUGAGCUUUUGAUUUUACCAUUUGAUUUAUAUGUACUUUCUGUGUUGAAUUUUCCUUGGAGAUUGUUAUUUUUGUUAUUUUACUUUUUGAAGAAGUACUCUAUUUUAGAAUAGUUUUCAUAGUUCUAACAUCAUUCAAUGGUUUUUAUACCCCAUCAUUAAAUUGUCAACUGGAA